CGGACCUCUCCCUCCCAGCACACGACCGGGGUAGGACAAAUCGUCCAACUUGGGAUGGGACCGUGUCUCGGCUCGUGAUGCUUCUUGGAGAACUUGGGGUUGGCGGGACAUCCCAGUACAGUAUCAAACCGCCACUUCCUGCCAAGUCUUCAAAUCAAACAUGACCAACCUGACUGCCCAAGUUUGUGAUGAUGCCGCAUAUCGCCGGCGUAUGCCCUACAGGGUCCCGUGCUCAGUCGGGAAGCAGCACGGCCCCGGUGCGCCGCCCCGGCUGGCAGAGCCCCGUCCGUUCAUGCAUGACGGCCGACUCUACUGCGGCACUAGCAGCGAUGCAGGCGUCGUGAGCUUGCAGCACGAGCAUGGGCACCCAGAAGUGUGUGGAUCUGACAAGGCCCCGCUCGCUCUCAUUGGACUUACACUUGCAGGUGUGUGUUUGUUCAGGUUUGUGCCGGUUUGUGGAGCUCAUCGGCUGUAACCAAUCAUGUCAAUGCUCUGCUCGACCCAAUUUACUAAGGUUCCACGUCCGAACAAACCUCCUCACCCACAGACAUACCAGGCAUUCGCAA